CAUUUGUCAACAAACGGUAAUCAUUUUGCCGGGAGAAGAGAGAACAACGCAACGGUCAAAAAGUGACUGACGAUACGGAUAACAAGAAAGAACAUUUUCAGGCAACAAAGACAACGUUCAACAAAGUUGAGAAUAUUACAGAUGACCACCAGGUGUCUGUAAUUAUCUUGAAAGCUCAUCAAUCUAUUUCCAUGCUGCCAUAUCAACUCUGUUACUGAACAAGAAUAGUCAUCACCUCAGUGUAUUUUCUGAAAAACAUUUGACUGUGUAAUCUUAAAGUACUAUUUUGAGAUAUUUCAAUAGCUGAAACGCUUCAAUAAUUCGUGAAGAUGUUUAGUGGACUUAGCGAGUAUCUGUUUGGUAGCUCCAGUAAUCAAGCUGGUGAUGCUGCCAUGGCAACGGAUGAUACCCAGCCCGCUGAUCCCAUCAAGGAGGUUGAGAUGGAUGAUGACUGGGUGCUGGUUGAUGUUACCAAUGAUUCUGGUGCCUCGAGUCCUCGGAGAUCUCCAAGGAGAUCCCCAACCAAAGAUGGCUGCCAAUCUCAACCUAAAGCAGUUCCAGAGAAACAUCAACGAAUGGAAGAAAGCUGGUUUAUUACUCCACCUCCAUGUUUUACUGCUGGGGGUCAUUCUCCCCAUCAACUAGCCACUAGUCCCUUAGAAGAUUUACUAAUAGAACAUCCAAGUAUGUCUGUUUAUCAUCAUUCUAGUCAACGAGGAGGGCCCAUGGCUCAUCCAAGGCAGCACCAUCCUAGGCAAAAACCAAACAGGACUGUAGCGAAACGUACCCACAACCUCCGGGUGCGCAAUGCCAAGCCACCCCGUAGAGCUGCAGCUAUUGCAGCUCGUGUGGGAAUCGAACAGUCGUCCCACCAAGUUGGGUUAGAGGAGCAAAGAGAAGCAAAGAGGCACCAGCAACGUCAGAACAGUCCCGGCAAAAUAGAACGACACAACAAGGUGUAUCAUCAUCAAAGUGCCUCGUCCCGAAGGCACUAUAAGCAUAAUUCUUCCAUAAGUGGACGACACUCCGGUGCCAUCUAUAAGCAACCACGUUAAUGAGGAGUUAUAUGGGUUCCAGAGCACUAAUAUAUAUUAGAUAGUAAUAUUCACCGUUACCACUUUAUUCACUACAAUAUUUUUUGUGUUAUUUAUUUUACAAGUAUAGAUAUUCAUGAAAUUAUAUAAGUAUUAUUUGUAUAUGGAAAGUGAUUUUGUUAUUAGAAAUAUCAUUCUUAUGAUAACGUAAUUAUUAGCUAAUCAAAUAAAUCACAAAAUAUAAUUAUUAAAAAGAAAGAAAAAUACAUUAAAAAGAAAAUAAAAAUGGGUUUACUUUGGCACAAGUGUGAUUUGUGUAUAGUUUGACUACCCUUUGUGAAUAUACCUUCCUGCAUUGUGAACGGCUAUAUCAUUUUGUAUGCGAAUAUGUGUUAAUAUCUUUGGUUUUUCAGGUUUUAACUGUUUCUGAAUGAAUGCCAAUAUAUUUUAAAACCAUACAGGAAGAAGAGCCUACAAUACACACUUUAAGCCAUCAAUUGUAAGAAUCAAAGCAAUACAAUGAUUGGUAUUACCUACCAUACACGUUAUGUAAUACACAGUAUUAAAAAUAUGAACAGGGAAGUCAUAAGUCUUUCUUUAAUAACUCAUUAAGUGUCAAUCUCUCUAAGGCAUUGUUAUAAAAGCCAAAUAUUGUACAGCUGCUACAAGAAUGUCACACUAUUUUUUCAAAGCCAAAUAUGAAAUAUAUUUGAUAUACAUGUAGUGUACUGUAAAUUGUCUGUUAAUGUAGUUGGAAUAGCUGGUUGGAAUUCAUAGCUUUGCCUCCUUGUUCAUUGAUGUUUUUCUGUUUGUGUAUAUUUAUUUGCUUUAGUGUGAUAGACCAUAUGGAGUUUGAUGGUGAGAAGCAGAAGUUCUUCAUAUUGUAAGAUUUUUCUUGUGAGGUGGGAUUAUAUUCUUUUUUUCUGUAUACCUUUUCAUCCAAAAUCUUUUGGGAUCAGGGUAGAAAUAGGUCAUCAAAGAUAUUGAUCUUCAAAAUUGAUUACUUUCACAUAGAAGGUACUUUAUAUUGUUCGAACAGAGAAGUGAUUAAAUUGAAAUGUACACAUGUGGGUGCAAGGUGAAUCUUGCCACCUUCAUGGUCAAGGAGAAAACCUGGAUGACUGACUGAUGACAUUUCAUAUUAUUUGAUUAUUACAUACUUUGCUGCUAUUGUGAAUACCCAUUAACUUUACCAGGAGGAAAAUACUUUUGGAAAUGGGGAUAUGCAAAUGAAUCAAUAAAAAAAUAAAAAUUCAUCAAUUUGACAACAAAUUUGUGUUUGGUGUGGCGUGGUAACCUAUUUCUUGUGCAGAAUAAAAUGCAAGGACAGCUUUCUACAAAGAUUUAUUCAUGCAGGCAUGUUACAAUGUCUGUAUGGCAGGAGUUGUGUAUUAAUAAUGAAAAGAAUUAUAACCUAACCUCUCAAAAAAUAAUGAUAACUGGGUUUGAACUGCUUUUAAUGGUCAGACUGUUGAACAAAUAAUAAUACUGACUUCUUGUAAAGCGCAUAUCAUGACAUCUCUAUGUGCUUUCAAAGGACUUGGAUAAUAUUGCCCCUGCUUUAGCUGUCAUGAAUACUGUCUUGAUAGUUUAUUGGAUUUCUGUUUUUUUCUCUUGCAUUAUCGGUAAGAAAUGUAAUAGCAGUUGAAAAUGGUGUUAGCGUUUGUUUUAGUACAUAAUUAUCCUAUGCAUUGUAUAAUGUAAACAAGGUGCAUACAUAUGUUUCAGCACCAUCAUAAUGCAAGGAUAUCCUUUUCUCUAUUUAUUCAAGUUGUAUGUUGUUACAUAACUAUACUUCUGUAUUCUGUGUGUAUGUAGAUUGACAAUUACAUAUAUCAGCUGCUGUAUGUGUGUGUUGUGCUAAUGUUGAAGUGAUUGUAACAAGGAGCUGGAAAAUGAAGCCUUUUUUAUGCAUGACAUUGCACUGAAACAUGUUUUUAACAAGGAGCAUAAUACCUUCAUUGUUGGACUUUGCAUAGAUAACUACUAAGUAAUUUUCCUCUAAACAACAGUAGGACCUUUGACAUGUUGCAUAUGUGUGAAGGAAACUCAGGAUAAUGACCUCAAUCGAUAUAAUAGAGGAAUUUGAAUAAUUUGGGGAAUUAAAAAAACAACCUAUGUUUUAUGUAACAGGCCUCAAGUGAAAGAAAGUGGUGAAAUUUGUGAAACACAUGACCCUAUAAUGGUACAUGUAUGAGAUGAUAAGCACAAUGGUACCCAACAGGCCUAAUUGUAAAGUCUGCAAUUUAGUUUUAAAUCAUUACUGUUAGCUACUACUUAGGGGCAAGAAAUUUUAAAAUGUGUAAUGUUACACAUUUUUAUUGCAUAAAAACCUUCAAUAAUAGAACAUUCAUGGAAAGGGCCACCUGAUAAAACGCUUUUUAAGUACAUCCAUUGGAAAAUUUUGUAGGCUGAAGUCAUUCUCUUUCACCUAUGUGUUCGUACAUUCUGACUUGAUUUAAACAGGAAUUUAAAUUUGUGCAGUCUAAGUCUGUCUAACCACAGUUAAAUGGGUACCAGUAAGCCAAAAAUGUCAAACUUUGUUUUUGCUGUAUGUUCUCAAUUUCAAUAUAUUGUGCUUUGAUGGUAUGGAAAACUACUGCACUGGAACCAAUAUUAGACAGUAAUCAAUAAUAAUAAUGCCCACAUCCCUGUCAAAUUAAAGAGAUUUGUGACUUAAUGUCACAUAUGGCAGUCCAUAGGAAACUGAAAAUUAAGACCACGGUUAAAACCAUGGUUCAGAUCACUGCCUACAGUUGAUAAGAGGUAAGGCCAUUGUGUAACACAGAGCUUGUGUUAAUGCAAGGCAAUGGCCUUUGAUACGCUUACCCUUGAAAUUCCCCUCCCCCUUUGUUUUUUUACUGAUGUUUGUUCUUGGGUUAUUUUUUAGAACAAAAUGCCUUGCCCUCCUGUACCGGCCACACAGAAAAUCUAGCACUAACAAUGCGCCAACAGAUGCCCCGUUACAACUGUAAAGGUAGCAGCAAAUGAUGUCUAAUUUAUAUUAGGCAUCACUUGCUGUGACAACAACAUGUUAUUUAUAUCUUGGAACGUUUGACAUCACAAUCCGAAAGAUGGUAUUGGGCCUAGUACUGUUUACGUUCUGUUAGCGCUAACAACAUUUCAGUGUAGCAGGUACUGAGGGCUGUUAGAAUAAAUAUUAAACAUUAGCAAUUCAAUCCUCCAAAAGUUUCUUUUUAGCUUUUUCAUCAACUAAAUGACUUAAAAUCAGAGCUUGCACUAGGUAACAUUUAUUUUUACUACUUUUACUUGUAUGUUAUAUAUUUUCAUAGUUUUUAUAUCAUCAUUUGUCUAAGUUUUCGUAUUAGUCAAGCUAUUGAAGAAUUCCUUAAACUAAAUUCCCUUAUACCAUUCAAACCAAACACAGAAUCAACACCAAAAAUAAUAUAUAGGCCACUUUUUAUUACACUAUUUCAGUACAUUAUUACAAUUAUAUUGCAUGUGCUAUACAUACAAUUUUUUAGGUGGUCUUAAACUUUUGCAAGUGAUGGUAUAAUUUUUGGUGAAAGAUGGUCUAUUUUCAUCUGUAGUUUAUGGAAUGUGAAUAAAACUUAUUUCAGUAUUACCAGUAUCAAAGUUUCAUUAGAUAUAAACAUCUUGAUGACUAGAUGCAUAUUUCCCCAAGUCACGGGAACAAGCUGAACACAUGCCUUGUAAUGUGAAACUCACUUGGACAAAGGUGCUAAUUCAAAAUCAGGACUUUCAUGGUCUUUCUACAUUUUCAAAUGUGUCGCUCAUGAUAUUGUACAGCUUCUGGAAAAAAAUAUACUUCAGAUAUUAUGAUAGAUUGAGAUAUUAGCAUAUUAAUAAUGUAAGAAUCCUUAUGCAUUUUCACGUCAUACAAUUCAACUGCCUUUGAAGAGGAAAAUAUUUAGAUUACCUUAAAAUUAUUAAACGUGCUGUAAAUGAUAUUUGUAUUAAGUGAAUGCAAUAGUAACCUCUUUGGCAUUAUUGUUGAUUUUUUUAUUUAAAUUAGGAAAUCACAUGUGCUGUAUAAACCUGCCUCAGAUUAUUAAACGAAUGACACCAGUUAAAAAUGAUUUUAAUCAGUUUAUUCUUGCAUUUGUAAUCAUUAUGAUUUUAAUCAGAUUUAUCUUGCAUUGGUAAUCAUUAAUUCACAUGUAUUUCACUUAAUCACCCAAUCAAUUCUUAAACCUGUGUAUGUUCUUAAAAUUCAUUCAUUUGACAUCACUCGCCAUCAUUUAAUGUGAGCAAACUUCUGUAUUACCACAAUUGCUUUUACAUAUGUAGUAAGAGCUAUUGUAUCUGUGUAAGAUAUGCAGGGUAUAACAAAUGACAAAUAAAUAUAAGUAUGGUGUGUUGAAUGGUUCAGUUUAGACUAGAAAAUAAUAACUUUGUGGAACUAUUUUUUCUGAGGGAUGUUUUGACAUGUUUGACAUAGUAUGCAUAUAAACGGAUGGUCAGUUUAGUUUGUGAUUUAUGGUUGAAAUUUACAUAUUACUCAUAGAAAUAGAGGUUUAACAAGGUAAAAUAUUUUAAAUUGCAUUUUCUUCAAAUCAUCAUUGAUCUGUCAUACUCAAACAGGCCUAUAAAAAGUCUAGAAAUGACAAUUUUUCAUAUGUACUUCAUCACUUGCCAUAAUAACAAGUCUGAAACAUUCUUCCACAAAAUUGACUCUGAAAAUGUAUUUCGUGCAUGUUAGGUUUGUGUAUUGUGAUUUCUUUUUUUAGAAUCUAUGUAGAUAUAUGCUAAUAUAUGUAAAGUUUAGUUAGUUAACAGAUUUAAUAUAUUGUGUACAUGGUAUAACUUUCUAGCUAUUGGACUGAAAGAAAUAAAGUUUGAAGGGAUAUUCAA